AGCCCAACUUCACUUCUCCGCUCGCAACUCUGACGAAAGCCCGAAACCCAAACCCGCCAGCUGGCGGCGCGGUGGAGCAGCGAGGGACAGACGGCGGGCCGAGGAAAGGAGGGAUUAGGUUGGAGAGGAGAAGAAUAAGUAAGAGAAGCUCGCGCGGAAGGCUGCGGAGCACGCACGCGCUCCAGACAGGCUGGUCUAGCGGUCCUGGUGUGGAACCAGCACGAGAAGAGACGCGGCCCAGCUCCGUGACGGACGCUUUAACCAGCAGCUCACUAUACCGGUCUAGAUCUUCACUACACCGGUCUAGAUCUUCACUACACCGGUCUAGAUCUUCACUACACCGGUAUAGAUCUUCACUACACCGGUCUAGAUCUUCACUAUCCCGGUCUAGAUCUUCGCUACAUCGGUCUAGAUCUUCACUACACCGGACUAGAUCUUCACUACACCGGUCUAGAUCUUCACUAUACCGGUCUAGACCUUAACCAGAACCAACUUUACCGACGCUUCUCCGGCCGGAGCUAACGGACAAACAGCGCUCAACAACAACAACAACAACACAACUUCAACAUGUGAUGACAGACAACGGCGCUGCGCUUGUGUGCGGAGGACACCGCUGUCUUCUGCUCAUCGCUGUCGAAGAAAGUUCGCCUCGCUGAGACCUAAAACACCUUCCUCUUCCUCAUCCUCCUCCUCCUCAUCUUCACGGCCCAGGAGGAUGCGGUGGCUGGGUUGUUAUCGGCUUGGACCACUCUGGCUGUGGAAAGCCCUUCUGGUGUUCGUGGCCAUUGCCUUUGCUGGCCAGUUGCUCGGGGUCAUCUUCAACAAAAGCAGCGUGCAGCCAGCUGCUCGAUCCCUCUUCUCCUCCUCCGAUGCCCAGGAGCUUUCCCUGGGCUCCUGCCAGCCCCGCACCCAUGUCAUGUUCCUGAAGACCCACAAGACCGCCAGCAGCACCGUGCUCAACAUGCUCUACCGUUACGGAGAGGAGCGGGACCUCCACUUUGCCCUGCCCCUGGGCUACCAGCUAGGCUACCCGCUACCCUUCAAUGCUCAUCGGGUCAAAGGUUAUCGAGGACCCAGAGCCGUGGAGUUCCAUAUCAUGGCAAACCACAUGAGAUUUAACAAGCCUGAGGUGGAAAAAGUGAUGCCUGCCAACACCUUGUAUUUUUCCAUCAUCCGGGACCCAGUAGCUCUCGCUGAGUCUUCCUUUGCCUAUUAUAAAGAAGUUGCCCCAGCUUUUCGGAAAGCCAAAGGCCUGGGAGACUUUGCCGAUGACCCCAAGAAAUAUUAUGACCCUCAUCUCCGUAACAACCACUACGCCCGGAACCUCCUGUGGUUCGAUUUUGGAAUGGACCAUAAUGCAAACUUCUCCACAGGGCUGGCUCGGCAUGGUGUGGCCAUGAUCCGUCAGGCGUUUAAGCUGAUCCUGGUGUCAGAGUAUUUUGACCAGUCAAUGGUCCUCCUGAGACACGCCCUCUGUUGGCCGCUGGAUGCAGUUGUCUCAUUCAGCCUUAAUGCCCGUCAGCAAAAGCCCAGCAGCUUUGGAGGACUAGGCCGGAGCUGGGUCGGCAAAGCCGCCGUGGCAGCAGCUGGCGUGGGUGUUAGAGGUGGACGUGGGGCCAAGGAACCUCCCAAUUUGUCGCUAACGGAUGAGCAGCGGGAGAAGUUGCGAGACUGGAACGCCCUGGACUGGUACCUCUAUAAAGCCUUCAACCAGACAUUUUGGGAGGAAGUCAACAGGUUUGGACACGCCCAGAUGGACGAAGAGGUGGCUUUACUCAGGACACGGCGGGAGGUUCUAGCUCGUGUCUGCCUGAGGGAUGGCGGGAAGCCUGUCGAGGCCCAUCGUAUCCGAGACAAAGCCAUCCGGCCAUUCCAAAGUGGGCUAGUUAAGAUUUUGGGCUACGAGCUGCAGCCAGGGCUUGAUAAUGCCACCAGGCAGGCCUGUUUGAGAAUGAUCAGGCCUGAGAUCCAAUACAAAGACCUGCUGGAUGCUAAGCAGUUUCCACGGGCUCAGCCACGCCAAGGCCAGCCGGGGGAAAAGAGCCCCGGGCCUGUGAUGGCAGCUGCUGGGGCCUAUGGAAGACAAGACACUGCCAGGACAGGGGAAAGGCUGUCAGUGGGAGAAAGGGGUGGGACAGGGGGUCAGAAGGCAGCAGAGGAGGAGGAACGGGACUGGGAUGGGAGCCGGUUGGCGAGGCGCAACCAGACUUUACUCCGAGGAGAGGUGAAAGGGAGGUUGAGAUAGUAUGGAAUGAAGUCUGUAUCCGUGCCCCCUCCCCCUACUGACACAUUUACGUCCCUAUUUGACCUUUGGCCUUUUAAAAGCCGGACCUUCUAAACUGAACCUGAGCCUUGUGUAGAUUUGCAAGACCAGAAGAGAGAGACACUCCUGUUGAAAGUGAAACCUUUGCUCUUUUUCUUAGACUUUUUCUGCUUUUACUUUGUGUCGGUCUCUUGGACGUUGCCCCUGAACAGCAGGAAUGUUGUCAUGGCCACAGUGAAGUGUAGGGCAGCGUUGUUCUCACACGUUCCAAUAUAAACUCGAAGGAACCGACUGGUUGUUAAAUUGGGAAGCGUGUUCGUCAUGACAGCGGGUCCUUGUGUUAGCGUUUGUGUUGGUUACAGGUUAAUGUGUGAGCAACUGGACACAAAGGAAGUCCUGUACCAACCCGUUUACUUUCUCGUGCUCAUUCUAUUUCUCAGAUUCUCGUCAUAAUUUUCCUAAUCCAUAAAGCGUCGUAAAAUAAAGGCACUUAACCAUCUAGCACUAGUAACACCACUUCUUUCUGAGACGCUGAAUUGUCUCUGGCCAACAAGUCCUACUUUAACAUGUUGCUUUUGUUGAACAGUAGACUGGAUUUUGGUGUCACUAAAUACUAAGUUAAAAUCGUUUAGAUGGGUCCGUUUUUCAAGUUUAAGACAUGUGAAACUGAGUUGUCUGACAUUGUCAUGUGGCACUUGGUGUUGCAGAGUGGGCUGAUUUUAGCCUGGUACCCGUUACAGCAUCCCCGUCUGCACAGCCGUCUGUCUGCACAGCCGUCUGUCUCCACAGCUGUCUGUCUGCACAGCCGUCUGUCUGCACAGCCAUCUGUCUCCAGAGCUGUCUGUCUGCACAGCUGUCUGCACAGCCGUCUGUCUCCAGAGCUGUCUGUCUGCACAGCUGUCUGCACAGCCAUCUGUCUCCACAGCCGUCUGUCUCCACAGCUGUCUGUCUGCACAGCCAGCUGUCUGCACAUCUGUCUGCAGAGCUGUCUGUCUGCACAGCUGUCUGCACAGCUGUCAGCAUAGCUGUCUUUCUGCACACCUGUCUGUCCGCACAGCCAUCUGUCUGCACAGCUGUCUGCAAAGCUAUCUGCACACCUGUCUGUCCGCACAGCCAUCUGCACAGCCCUGCUGAGGUUGCUCAAAGUGUUGUUAGUGAGCUAGUGCUGCUUGUUAGCUGUCCUGAUUGUUUUUAUUCUCACCACAAUAUGAAGAACAAAACGGAUGCUGGUGGGUGGGGGGCACUGGGACUCCCUCAGCUAGGCCGGGACACACAAUAUUCCCUAUCAAACAAUAUUCCCUAUCACACAAUAUUCCCUAUCACACAAUAUUCCCUAUCACACAAUAUUCCCUAUCACACAAUAUUCCGCGUCGAUGCAGCUACAGUUUGGCACUUUCACUUCUCUUUACCUGUGGAUACAUUCCAUGCCAACUUUCUGCAAGCCACCAGUAGCCAGAAGGUUCUGUAAGAUGACCAUACUGUUUGCCAGGGAAUUUCUGUAAUCAAUUUUAAUUAGUGCUGGGCAAUGUGUAAAAUAUAACCACCGGUUCGAAUCCCCAUGUUACUUGGUCGGGCAUCCCUACAGACACAAUUGGGUGUGUCUGCGGGUGGGAAGCUGGAUCUGGGUAUGUGUCCUGGUUGCUGCAGUAGCGCCUCCUCUGGGUGGUUGGGGCACCUGUUCAGGGGGGAGGGGGAACUGGGGUGAAUAGCGUGAUCCUCCCACGCGCUACGUCCCCCUGGUGAAACUCCUCACUGUCAGGUGAAAAGAAGCGGCUGGUGACUCCACAUGUAUGGGAAGAGGCAUGUGGUAGUCUGCAGCCCUCCCCGGAUCAGCAGAGGGGGUGGCCCAGCGACCGGGACGGCUUGGAAGAGUGGGGUACUUGGCCAAGUAAAACUGGGGAGAGAAGGGAGGGGGAUAUAUCACAAUGUCUGCUUACAUAUGUAAAAAUACCACAUGUAUGAAUCCAGCUGAGGUUCACCACAUUGAACUGAGUCAUGUGAAGUGUAAUAUCAAAACCGAAGCUAGUUUCAAAUAAUGCCCCCUCGAUUAUUUCACACCACAUUUUGGGAAAAAUGUUUGGCCAUAACUUCUCAUUAUCAUUCAUUUAGACCCCCCCCCCCAACAAAGGAUAAUAUCAGAAUUUCAUCCUAAUACAAUGCGAUUGAAUGACAAGUAAUGAUAACUCUGACUCAUUGCCCAGCCCUAAUUUUCAACAAUACAGUUAGCUACUGGUUAGUUUGUUCAACAUAACAGUUAGCUACUGGUUAGUUUGUUCAACAUGACAGUUAGUUACUCGUUAGUUUGUUUAACAACAGUUAGUUACUGGUUAGUUUGUUCAACAUAACAGUUAGCUACUGGUUAGUUUGUUUAACAUAACAGUUAGCUACUGGUUAGUUUGUUCAACAUAACAGUUAGCUACUGGUUAGUUUGUUCAA